GCCCCGCGGGCCCGGCCGAUUUGGGACCGGUGCUGCCUACGCUGGCGGGAGCGUCCACCCCCGGCAGUCCCGGCUUCCGCGCUCCGGCGGCGAGGUUUGCUCUCGGCGUCCGCGAGCUCGCGGCAAGGCCGCGCUCGCCCUUAGGACUCCUUGGCGGCCCAGACGAUACUACCAAGAAAAUCAAAUGGCAUCUGGAGAUUUCUGCUCGCCUGGAGAAGGGGUAGAAAUACUGCAGCAAGUGUGUGACAAGAGGUUCCCUCCUUGUGCCCUGACUGAAGAGGACCUAAUCCAGAACCCAUAUUUCAGCAAGCUGUUGCUUAGCCUCUCACAGCACCUGGAUGAAAGUGGCUUAAGCCUUACCCUGGCGAAAGAGCAGGCUCAGACGUGGAAUGAAGUUCGGCUGCAUAAGACAGCAUGGCUGAGGUACGAGAUCUUACAGAGAGUCAUCCAAGAGCUGCUUGUGGACUACUAUGUGAAGGCACAAGACACAAAUCUAACAUUGGAAGACAAAAAAUUUCAUGAGACCCUUGAACAGCGGCUACUUGUAACUGAACUGACACAACUUUCAAGUCCUGGCCAGGAGACAGAGAUGCCCCCACUGCUAGGGCUUAAGAAGGCUGACCUUUUGGAGCUCAUGCCACCCUCACAGGACUUUGUGUGGAUGAGAGCACGGCUCCAGCUGGAGGUGGAGGAGCAGCUCAAGAGGAAGUGCUUCACUCUGCUUUGCUACCAUGACCCCAGCUCAGAUGCUGCUGGGGAAACCCUGAAAGCAGCGAAGGUGUGGACACUGUCUGAAGUCCUGGUGGGGGAGAGGCAGCAGUGCCUGGAGGCCAAGGGCCAGCAGAAGGAGCAGCUGGUGCUGCUGGAGAAGAAGAAAGCUACCUACUCCCAGGUGCUCCUUCGCUGCCUCACCUCGCUACAGAGGCUUCUUCAGGAGCACCGGCUGAAGACUCAGUCGGAGCUGGACCGCAUCAAUGCCCAGUACCUGGAAAUCAAGUGCAGCGCUAUGAUCCUUAAGAUGAGGAUGGAGGAGCUAAAGAUUUUGUCUGACACUUACAGUGCUGAGAAAUUGGAAGUGCAUCAUCUGAUUAGGGACCGUUUGGAGGGAGCCAUUCGCCUACAGGAGCAGGACCUGGAGAAGUCGAGACUGGUCCUGAAAACCUAUGAGGCCCUUGGAGAAGACUUUGAGAACCUGGUGAAGGAGUACAGCCAACUCAAACUGGCAACUGAGAACAAGCGUUGGGCUCUCCAGGAGUUUAGCAAGGCCUAGCUGCUGAGUUGGUUGUGGGCAGAGCCAGGAAGCUUACCUUCUCUCCUGCUCAACGGACUACCUCCAUGAUAAGGGAUAUGGGGACACUUGCUUUAAAACACCACAGUGAUUAUGGCAGCCUCCUGGUUUCCUUGGUUACAAUGGCUGGGUCUCCUCUGGAAAAUGUGUCUAUCAGAUUUAUAUAAUUUCAUGCAUAUCUGCUUGCAUCAGCCCUGUGUAAUAUUUCCUGAAUAAAGUAGUAAUAUUAUGUCUUA